GACUACGAUAACUUCCCAGAGGGCGGGAAAAGGGCUAACCUGGUUGUUCUGGGCUCCUUCUUUGCGAUUCUCAUCACUUUCGGUAAUAUGAACACCGUGGGUGUUAUCCAGGCGUAUGUCUCUGAACACAUUCUACAGGACUCAUCCACGUCUGCUGUUGGUUGGGUGUUCUCGGUGUACUUCUUCUUCUCCUUUUUUGGUGGAAUAUACGCAGGCCCUAUCUUUGACUACACUGGAUCGAAGAUCCCAAUGUAUGUGGGCUCCAUCUGUAUCAUUGUCGGGUUGUUUGCGACAGCAAACUGCAACACUGUGUGGCAGUUUGUUCUUGCGUACGGAGUGGUUGUUGGCGUUGGAACAAGUUUCCUCAUGAACUGUUGUAUUUCAUCAGUCUCGCACUACUUCCUGAAAAAGAGAGGUAUGGCUCUAGGAGUCUGUUCUAUUGGUGGUGCUCUGGGUGGUGUGCUAUGGCCAUUGCUUUUCAGACAACUGUUCCCGAAAAUAGGUUAUCAGUGGUCUAUGAGAACCUAUGCAUUCAUCAGUUGUUUCUGCUUA